AUGCUUUUGCACCGCAUCGGACGUCGCGUAUCCUCUGCGUCUCGAGCCUCCUCAUCACCAGUCGCAUCGUUCUCGUCACUGUUCCCUCUGUCUCCAUGUCAAACAACCGCUCGUGCUGCUCGACAAACCAAUUGGUCCAUCAUCGCCACCUGUCGUCGCCACGCGCACAGCUCCUCGUUGUCCAUCGACGACGAGUACCACAGCCACACGCACGCGAGUGCAACGUCCGACACGUUCCAAGUUCCCGGAACGUUUGCGCUCGAGAGCUCCGAGUCCCUCGUGGCGCCAGUCAUUGCGUACACCACGUACGGCUCACUGAAUGCCGCGCGGGACAAUGUGAUUGUCGUCUGCCACGCGCUCACGGGCCACUCGCUCGUGCACCACUACUGGGACGCACUGGUCACGUCCGAGUGGACGCGCAAGUACUUUGUCGUCUGUUGCAACGUCGUGGGCUCGUGCUACGGCUCGACAGGUCCGACGUCGAUGAACCCAUUGACGGGACGCCCCUACGGUCCCGACUUUCCCGCCGUGACGAUCCGUGACGCGGUGGCACUGCAGCGUCGACUGCUGCAGGAGAAACUCGGCGUCCGUCAAGUUCGCACUGUAGUCGGGGGCUCCUUGGGCGGCAUGCAGACCCUCGAGUGGAUGUUCCAGGGACGAGAGUUUGUCCAGAGCGUCGUCGCUAUUGCCUGCGGUGCUCAGCACUCGGCGUGGCAGAUCGGGAUGAGUGAGCUCCAGCGCCAAGCGAUAUAUCUCGAUCCCCACUUCGGCAAUGGCUACUACCAGUCCGAUGCUCGUCCCGAGGCAGGACUUGCUCUCGCUCGUCGAAUUGCUAUGGUGAGCUACCGGUCGCAUGCGGCGUACAAUGAAAAGUUUGGACGAUCCCGGGAACACGUUGAAGCCAACGACACGGACCCGAAGACAACGACGACAGGUGCGAGCAAAGACGGACGUUUUCUCGUGCAGUCGUAUCUCGACUAUCAGGGCGCAAAGUUCCUCGCUCGCUUUGACGUCAACUCGUACUUGACGCUGUUGCACAUGAUGGACUCGCAUGACGUUGGCCGGGAUCGAGGCGGAGUGGCAAAAGCGCUGGCUUCCGUGUCACAGCCUGCACUCGUUAUUGGCAUCGACUCGGACGUGCUGUAUCCACUUUGCGAACAGCAGCAGCUUGCUAAGGGCCUGCCAAACGCUCAGUUCAUCACGCUGUCGUCGCUGCACGGCCACGAUGGGUUCUUGCUCGGCCAGAAGGAGAUCAGUGAGCACAUCAAACGGUUUCUUGCUGAGCACGUGGAGUGA